UGUUUAUGUUUGGUGUAGUAGAUGAGGGAAAUUGAUUUGGUGCACGUGUUGUAUUUGCUAACUGUGAACGUGCGGUGUACUUUUUUUUAUAUUUAUUCUGUGGAGGAAAAGUAAUUAGGACUCGUGUGCUUCCUUUUUGUGUGACGCAUCAUUAAUUAAUAUGCUGAGGAAUACUUCCAUUUUUUUUAACGAAUGGUGUUUCGCUAGAAAGUAUACGAGUUUUGAGAAGUAUGUAAACAGAAGACUAUUUGAAGCGAUGUUCAUUCGGCUUCGACCUUGCAGUUUAUGCGGAGGUUUUCUUCGAUGGAGAUCAGAUGAACCCGAGGAACAUCGUAAGAGAAAGCGACGCAUGACUCAAUCUGAAGAAAUAAGUAAUUACUUUCAGACAAAGGAAUCUCUUCGGAAUGUACUGAAAGAUGUUCCGGGGAAAAUUUUAAAAAUGCGGAGAAAAAUUCCAGAAGCAUUGUAUCUUGUUGAUGACGAUGUCGCCGAUGAGAUAGUGACAGCCAUUAACAAAGAAGUUGAAAGCUUAAACUCACCAAUAAUAGAAGCAAAUCCAGGACUUGGACUUAUAACUAAAAGAUUGCUUAAUUGUGGUGCACAAAACUUGCAGUUAUAUGAAUCCAGUGCUGAGUUUAAAGCUCGUUUGCAGGCCAUUGAAGAAGAAAACAGGAGUCGAGUAACACUUUACUCAGCAGAUAUUUUAGAUCUUGCAAAGUUCAAAUUUCAAGACAAAAUGGACAGUGGUAGCAGAGUUGAAACUAUUAUAAAACGUGUCCCUGCAAGAAGUUGGAAUGACGACAUAGCAUUCAGAGUGGUCGGUGUGCUGCCAUCAUUUGGUUUCUUGAAGUACCUAAUGCUGAGUCACAUACUGCAGAGUGGUCUCAUGCUGCAAGGUCGGCCGGAGCUUUAUGUCGUCAUUAGUCCAACCCUCUACCAUCACCUCACAUGUAACAGCAAAGCAAGUUAUCGAUAUUAUCGUUCUACAACCGUUAUCUUUCAACUCAUCUUUGAAGCAAUGCUGUUAUCAAAGGUGCCACGAAAAGCCUUUUUCCCGUGGAUAACGAGGAAUAUGGGGAAGAAGAAGUUGGAUGAGUUCAAAGCAGCAGAGGAAGAAUACAUGUACCUUGUAAAAAUAGUGGCACGCAAAGAUUUCUUUGAAAAGGUAGUGCCAGUGGAGCAUCUGCAGCCCCUUUGGUACUUCUUACGAACACACAUGAUGAGUCGCCGCAACAGGAUUGUGCCACAACUCGAGCAAUGGAUUCCUGGUUGUGGGCCUCGCCUAAUAAUCAAGGGUAGAAGUAUAUUCGACCAGUUUGGUGAUUUAAACCCACCUGAACUGUUAUCAUUAUUUAAGGAAUUUAUUAGUUGGCCUGAGUUUUAUCAGAGUAAUUUCUUGUCGUCCAUGGAAACAAAUUUCAUGAAGACAGAACUGAUGUCAGAUGAAGUUGACAGCUCAUCACACUACCCUGCUGAUGGAGAUGCUGAACCUGAACCUGGUGCUGAUACCGUGUUACAGUGUGAAGAAACAUAGUGUGAAGUUAUGUUAUACUUACAGUGUUCAUUGUAUUUCAUCAUUGUACACAGAACCCUAGAGAUCAAAUGUAUCUUUUUAAUAAAAGAAGUGGAAGAAAUGUAAA